AUGUUUGACAAAAGAAUUGACAAAUAUAUUAUUAAUGUAAAUAAUAGAAUUGGACAAGGAUAUAAUGCUGAAGUUUAUAGAGGAAUCAAUGAAAAAACUGGGGAGAAGGUAACUAUCAAGAUGUUGAGUAAAUCGGUAAUAGAUUCGUAAUAAUUUAUUCAUCAAGAUAGAGAUGACUAUUUAAGGGAAGGACUUUUUCAAGAAGUUAAGAUUAUGUAUCAAUUACAGAGUCCAAAUAUUGUGGCUGUUUUGGAAGUCAUGAAAACAAAUAAUAAUUAUUAUAUUGUUUAAGAAUACUGUGAUGGAGGAAAUUUUUAUGAACUUUUGAAGAAAAGAAAAUUACUUUCUGAAAAAGAUACAAUCAAACUUUUGAUUGAUAUACUUAAUGGUUUUACUCAACUUAUAAAAAAUGGUGUAACUCAUAGAAAUCUUAAACCUGAAAAUAUUUUAAUUGAUAAAUAAACCUAUAAAUUGGCUAACUUUGGCUUUGCCAAGUUUGUGAGCAAUUAUAAUAAAUCUAUGAUGGAUUCUAUCGUUGGAACACCACUUUACAUGAGUCCUCAACUUUUAGAUCGGCAAAUGUAUAACUCCAAAACUGAUGUCUGGAGUUUAGGAAUCAUAUUGUAUGAGGCCUUAUUUGGAAAGACGCCUUGGACAGCCAGAUCACCUCCUGAACUCAUAAAAAACAUAAAAACUUAGCCUUUAUAAUUCCCUAAUGACAAAAAUUAAAUUUCUUAGAAAACUAAAGAUUUAAUAAUUGGAUGCUUAUAAGUUGAUGAAAACAAGAGAUUUUCAUUCGAGGAAAUCUAUAAGCAUCCAGCUGUAUCCCAAUACUUUAUUGCAUAAGAUGUUAAUAACAGCAAAACUAGAUUGGAUAAGCGAGCUCGAAGUGUAAUUGAUGAUAUUAAAUGCAUAAUAUAAAAAGAGAAAAUAGAUUUAUAGUGGUUAAUUGCUGAAUUAAAAAUGGAAAAAGAUAAGACUCUAGAUGCUAAUGUAUUUUCAAAGUCUGGAAAUUGAAUUUUAAAUACAUUUGCAUAAUUUAAUCAUUUUCUAAGU